GCAAUCUCUUCACAGUAUGCCGAGCCAAAACGCGCGCGCGGUUUCAUUGCUCGUUUCUUUCAAGUGCGUUCAUUUACUCUCGCGCUCACAACCGAACAGCAGUCAGUCGUUCUGCUCUGUGAAAACGAGCACUUUAAAGAAACCAAGUUAACUUGAUUCCAUAUUUAGAAGUUUUGUACAACGCAGAACGUUGCGACAUAUUUUUCCUCGUGCCAUGAAGAACCUGUGGAUCUGCGUCUCUUUGGCUCUUUUGCUUUCUCCGCUUUACGCAUCCGAGUAUGAAUACAUGACCUGGAGAGCGGACGCCGGGGUGCAAAGUUACGGCAAAUCUCCGCGGUGCAUAGACAUUCCCGAGGACCUGAGGUUGUGUUUUAAUGUGGGCUACGACAAAAUGAUGCUUCCCAAUUUACUGGAGCACGAAUCCAUUGCGGAGGUGAAGCAGCAAGCGGGCAGCUGGGUUCCUCUGGUGCACAAAGCCUGUCACCCUGGCACGCAAGUGUUACUCUGCUCGCUCUUCGCUCCCGUAUGCCUUGAGAAACCCUUAUAUCCGUGCCGAUGGCUCUGCGAGGCUGUCCGGGACAGUUGCGCCCCUCUAAUGCAGUCAUUUGGGUUCCCUUGGCCCGAAAUGCUCACGUGCGACAAGUUCCCACUGGACGACGUUUUGCCAUGCAUUGCCAUGAACGAGACCACCAGCAAUACUAUGGCCAAACCCGGAGACCACCCUCCUGUGUGUCCACCAUGUGACAAUGAAAUGAAUACAGAUGUUAUUCUGGAACACAUGUGUGCCAGUGAAUUUGCGAUCAAGACGAAGAUUAAGGAGGUCAAAAUAGAGAACUUGGACCGAAAACUCAUCCUGCAGAAAAAGAAGAAGCCAUUCAAACUCGUAACCCUGAAAAAGCAGGACCUGAAAAAGCUUGUCCUUUAUUUGAAAAAUGGGGCAGACUGUCCUUGCCAACAACUUGAUAACUUGGGGGAAAACUUCUUAAUUAUGGGUCGCUUUGUGGGGCAACAGUAUAUUCUGACAGGCAUUCACAAGUGGGACAAAUCUAGCAAAGAAUUUAAAAAGACCCUUAAGAAACUUAAAAGCCAUAAGUGUGGAACACAUGAGACAGUUUUUAAGUAACUCACCCAUUUUUGAUCAACAAAUGAAUGUAUUGAUUUUAAUUGUACUCGCCAUUUUAAACCAUCCAAUAUAGCGAUGUAUUAUCUUCUGUAUUGUACAAUACAACACAUGUUAGAAGCCACAUUCAAAUUUGUGAACAUUUCUAAAUUUUAACAUAUCAGUCAUGCAUUCAAUUCAGUGUUUUCUUGAACAAUUUAACCAAUUCAAAUAAACAAUAAUAGUCAUUUACAUCUUUACAUUAUACUGCAAGUACUUACUAUUAUUCAUCAUCAUACAUUCCAGGUCAAGGUAUAUUGUGUGAGUUGUGCAUUUGCAAACAUUUGUUGAUAUAUUUUGACACUUUCAUGUUGGAUUAGUAACCUCUUAAAAAAUCUGUUAUUUUACAUUUCAUAAUAUUCACAACACAGUUUGACAGUUUGUUUGUUUGUUUGGUUUGUAUGAGAUGUAAAUCUCAUUUGCUCUUGAAGUGGAAAGUCUUCUGCAUGCCUGACUGUUUGCAAUACACUGUAAUCAUAAAAUGAACAUUAAAACAGAACAUAUUUUUACUA